AUGAGUAAGACGGAGAAGUUUGGCUUCCAGCUGGAGGCAGACAACAGGACAAAUGUGGUGCCAUCUCGCUCCUCUGGAGAAGCGCCCCUCGCUCCCAUGGACACGCCCUACCAUGAAGAAAUGGAUCCACUCAAACCACAAGUCAGAUUCAAUGUCAAUUUUUACAAGGAAAUGAAAGAAGGGACGAAGACUGAAGACAACUCGAGCUCUCCAUUUAACAGAGAGCACCUCUUUGAGGCGGUGGCCAGUGGUGACCUCAGCCGAUUGAACGGCCUACAUCAGUACCUCCAGCAGAAUAUGAUGAGGCUCUCAGACAGCCUGUAUCAAUCAUAUGGGAAAACAACUCUUAUGAAAGCCCUGCUAAACCUGAGAGAUGGCAAAAACCUAACUGUGGAGUAUUUAAUCAAUAUCUCUGAGAAGUUGGGUGACGUCAACAAAUUUGUUAAUGCAGCGUACACUAACAGCUACUAUCGAGGUCAAACUGCUCUGCAUAUUGCUAUUGAGAGGAGAAGUGGCUCCUAUGUGGAGCUGCUGUUAAGCAAAGGGGCAGAUGUACACGCUAGGGCCAGUGGGAAGUUCUUUCAGCCACAUGACGAACCCAACUUCUACUUUGGUGAACUUCCCCUCUCCUUAGCAGCGUGCACUAACCAGCCUGAGAUGGUGGACUUUCUGAUGGUGAACGAGUACCAACGGGCCAAACCCACUGAGGUGGACUCUCAUGGGAACACGGUGCUGCACGCUUUGGUCACCAUCGCCGAUAACUCCAAGGAAAACACAGAGUUCAUCACGAGUAUGUACGACCGCAUCCUCAAGACCACGGCCAGCCUGCAGCCCGAGGCCAAACUGGAGGAUAUCGUGAACCACCGCGGACUCUCACCUCUCAACAUGGCCGCCAAGACUGGAAAGCUAGGGCUUUUCUCCCACAUCUUGAAACGAGAGUUUCACGAGCCACACACCAAACACUUGUCUCGAAAAUUCACAGAGUGGGUUUAUGGCCCAGUACAAAGUUCUCUCUACGACCUGAAUUCUGUGGACUCCCUGGAGAAGAAAUCUGUGUUGGAUAUUCUGGUCUACAACAAUGGCAUUCCAAAUCGUCACGAGAUGCUGGAAACGGAGCCUUUAUGUCAAUUGCUUGAUGAAAAGUGGGAGAGAUUUGCUGGAGGAAUGUUUUUCUUUAAUUUUAUGGUGUACCUGUCAUAUCUGUGUAUUUUCACCUUUGUGGCCUAUAAUAAGAAGGACAAUAAUCCUCCAUUUCCUGUUGAGCACACAGUUACAGGGUAUCUGUAUGUCACAGGCCAACUGCUGACAGCGCUAGCAAACCUAUCCUUCUUUGUCACUGGGGUUAUAGAAAUGAAAAGGAAAAGGCCUAAGUUUAAAACAUUACUAAUUGAUGGAUAUUAUGACAUUCUUUUUUUCAGCCAAGCCCUGCUCUUCCUGGCUGCAGCAGUGCUGUAUGUGUGUGGGAGACAGGAGUACCUUGGCUUCAUGGUGCUGUGUCUGGCUCUGAGCUGGGUCAAUCUCCUCUACUACUCCAGAGGAUCAAGGCACAUGGGCAUCUACAGCGUCAUGAUCCAGAAGAUGAUUCUGAGUGACAUUCUCCGGUUUCUCUUUGUCUAUGCGGUCUUUCUCUUUGGCUUUUCAGCAGCUGUGGUCACCCUUCUCAUAGAACCCCCUCCAAAGAAUGUCUCGAAGGGUCGCCUCUUCUUUCCUGUUGAAGAGGAGCACACAUGUGUCAAGCCCAGCUUCAGGAACAUUUCCUAUACCACUUUGGAGCUGUUCAAGUUCACGAUUGGGAUGGGAGACAUGGAGUUCACUGAGCACUAUCAGUAUAAAGAGGUGUUCUACCUCCUGCUGAUUGGAUACAUCAUCCUGACCUACAUCCUGCUUCUCAACAUGCUCAUCGCCCUCAUGAACCGCACUGUGGAGAAGCUCACGCUGGAAACCACCAGUAUAUGGAAGCUGCAGAGGGCCAUGACCAUCCUGGAUAUGGAGAAGAGGCUGCCCAGCUGUCUGAAGAAGAGGUUCCGCUGCGGAGUGGACAAGAACCUGUGCACUGCUCUCGGAGACGACCGGCGCCGCUGUUUCAGAGUGGAGGAAGUCAACUGGAACAAAUGGAACAGCAACCUGGUCAAAAUCCAAAUCAAUGAGGAUCCUGGAUGGUAUGACAGAGAAAGAAGCCCGAGUACACCACCACCACUAGGCAGAGGGCGGAGCUGGCGAGUCUUACUUCAAGACAAGAAUUUGAAGACCUACGAGUCCACUGAGAUGAGGCCAGUGUAG